AUGGCCUUGACGAGCAUAGGCCCUUUGACCACGGUGUUCACGCCUCCAGCGGGAUGUCUUUCCACGAGGACGUACAACGGGAACGCCAUCUGGGCGCCGGAUGUAUCGAAGGGAUCCCUCAGUCCUGCAGUGCUGCUGGGCGCGACCGGCCAAGCGGCGGAUUUGCUCUGCUAUCCUCCCAAGUUCACGUUGAACCACUACUACUCGCCUGGAAUAUGUCCCAGCGGCUGGUACAGCGCCUGCGAGCCCACCGGCUCAGCAUCAUCAGUAGCUCCUGAUGCAGCCAAGACAGUACAAUGCUGUCCUACCGGUCUCAACUGUGACGGCCUUGCGUGGUGUAGAGGCGAUCCUGCACCCCCAGGACCUAUCUGGUCGCUAUACACCGAUAAGUAUGGCAUCGAAGGCAAGAUGACCGACAUGGUCUUCCCAACGUUAUCUGUGAUGGCAAAGCCCAUAUUCGUCGCAUAUGAAUCCAGCGACCAAGAUGUCCUCGCUGCCGCGACUCGAGCUGCAAAGACGGCCGAACCAACAAAUGGUGCAAACGCCGCCUCAAGGACCUCAGCAGGUAGCCUGGAAAACGGUGCUGGACUGUCCAGUCAGUCGUCUUCGAGUGGCGAUUCUCUCUCCGGCGGCACAAUCGCCGGCAUCGUUAUUGGAUCUCUCGGUGGCGGCAUACUGCUUGCCACCAUCAUGACGUUCCUUGCUUUGCGGUGGCUGGGGUACCGAAAGAUGCCCAAGGACGGUUUCGACGAGAAGGAUCAAAGCGGGCCCUGGAGCGAACUGGGCGCUGGGCAAGCGAACGAGUUGCAGAAGAGUCAAAUGGGACCCUGGAACGAAUCGGGAACUGGACGGGCGAACGAGUUGCACGCGUGGCCGCGAGCUGCUGAGCUUCCGUCACAGAACCCAGACAAGCCUGCGUAG